GUCCUUGCGGGCUGUCCUCGCGCGGUGGGGCGCGCGCGAGAGGCCGGCGCGGGCGCAGUGCGAGCGCGCGCGCCGCCCGAGCGCGACAUGAACGUGUUCACGCAGACGCCGCGCGACGAGCCGCGCGCCACGCACUACAUCGAGAUCGUGGAGCCCGAGCCGGCGCACUGCCAGCCCUCCGCGCUGCCGCCGGAGGGACACGGCACGCUGCGCGGCUACCGGCUGCUCAACGACAACCUCUGCGCCUUCGCCCCCGGGGACAAGGACAAGCUAGCGCCGCGCUACGACGUGUGCUCAGCCAUCUCCCCGCCACGCUCCCGCAUCCUGGAGCUACUGCGCCCCGAGGAUCCCGGCCGAGAUGCUCUCGAGGCUAUUGUGCGGCCCAUUCCACGUCGUGGCCUCACCAGGCCGCUGGACGAGGAUACUCGGAGGUUCCUACAGCGAGCUCUGCAGUCGCCGAGCCCAUUGUUCACCGCGUCUACACCAGAACCACAUCACAGGCCACCAGAAUCUCCAGAAUCGGACAAAGAGCCAGAAACAGCGACAGUUGCUGAAGAAACUAGUCAGACACCAAAGAGCUCAGCGGCGGAGCGGUCGCUGGCGGACGAGCUGGCGGAGGCAGAGGAGGCGGAGCGCGAGGAAGGAGCGCGGCGCGAGCUGGUGCGGCGUGGCGGCGAGGUGCGCGCGGCGGCGGAGCGUGAGCGGCUGGCGCGGCUGGCGCUGGCGGUGGAGGAGGACGAGGCGGAGGAGUGCGCGCUGUCGGCCACGGCGCGCCGCCUGGACGCGCUGCUGGCGCAGUCGCGCGACCUGCACUGCGAGCUGGCCGACAUCCACGCCGACCUGCAGGCCUCAUCAGUGCGCGCGCGCCGAUGCACGGCGGCUGCGCGCGCGCUGGGGGCGGAGGCGCGGGCGCUCCGCUACCUCGACGAUGUGGUGGCGUUGUUGCGAGGAGACGUCGCCGCCGCAGCGAGGGCGAGGGCCUGGCCCUUCGCGAUUGGCCGACGGCAGCCAGAUAGGAAUUAUAUUAUAUGAUCUCAGAAUUGGAGAUAUCCCUGACUAUGGCCACUUCUCGAAUGUUCGACGCACCAAAGGCAUGGGGCACCAAAGGAUAAUAGAAUUGCAUGUUAUUUAGCUCUAAUGCCUAGGAAACGAUAGUUGCAUUGUUGCAAUUAAGACCUCACACUGCAAACUUUUAGUAGGCCGAUAGUUUGUUUGGGCUCAUAAAUGAGUAUGAAGAUGAAUGGUAGUACGUAAAUGUCGGAUGACUGUUUAGUCUGCAAUGUGAGGGUAAAUUAAGCUGUCAAGUUACAGGUGUUUAUUGAAGGUAAUAAGAAACUAUGCUUAACUAUUUGAGUUUGGUCAAGCAAGAUCUUAAGAGCAUUAACAUGACAAAAAGUAAGUUCUGUAAAGGUUAUUAUCAUGCAAUUUUCAUAUCAAAGUGACCAUGAUAUAAUAUAGAAAAUAUAAUAACCACUGAUUAUCUACAGUAUACAUCUGUAAGUUUGGACGUUGAUUAUAAUCUUAUCCAUUCCAAAAAGGUUUCAUAAACCUUCGAAACAGAAAGUACUUUUCAAAAGGUUUAUAAUUAUUAUUGAAAGAGAUAAUUUCGCUCUUAAUGCGAAAUUAGAUUAAAAAUUCUCUAUUUUAUACUACUCUUUAUUGACUUAAUCUUGUAGUUUCCUUAAUUGAUAUGAGUCAGAAAAAAAAUGAUAUCUUUAAAGUACAUUUUCUUUAAUGUCAAGCUGAAAUACAUGAGCGUUUUGUACUGUCUCUGUGUAUUAUGUGUUUUACACUUUAAUUAAGUUAUUCACAGAGAUCGUGCAUAUGUAUAUUUUGUACUUAACAGUUCAUUGAGAAAUACUGAUAUUGUUAGGUUAAAUAAUAAGAGAAUUAUACUCCGUUUGAGAGGGCACUUAACUAAAGGCAAACAAUAUUGAUAGGUCUUUUUACACAAAUACAUAUUAAACAAAUAAACUACUGCUGUAUAAUAAGUAUUCACUUGAAUAACUCAUUGUCAUUAUCGUAUUUACAUGAUUUUUUCUCCACAAUUUAUUCUUCAUAAAAAGUCCUAUCAAGAUUUUUAUCUCUAGUCAAGUGCCUACUUUAACGGAGUAUAGUGACUAUCUAUUUGUUUUUACCGCCUCAUAUUUAUUAUUUAAAAAAUAUUAUGAAUUGUAAAAUGUUAUUAUGAAUUGAUAAAAAGUGGAAUUUGCAAAGACUAUGGAAAUAUCAUACACAAUUGGUAAAUUAUUAUUAUGCAUGGAAUUCAAUAAUUAUAUUUCUGUUGAUAAGAUUAAUACCAUACCAAUUUUGUAAUGCAAUUUUAAGAAUAUUUUAUAUGAGUGACAUUUUCGUAAUAAUUAUAUUGUUUAGUUAUGUAACUUAGAUUGAACUUAGUAGUUAAUGUAAUACUCGUUUUUCGGAUCUCUUAGACUGAACUUGUUUGGUUAGUGAUUGAACUAAGUUAUGGAGUUAGCUUAGAAGGUAUUUAAUUAAUGGGUUUUAUACCAGUUACACUGUUUGUUAAUCUUAUUCAGCAGUGUCGUGCCCUUUCUUAUACGAUUAGAUGUUUCAGUCAAUUUAAUAAAUGUUAAGUUUGCGAUGUUCAUUUUAAUAAGCAAUUAUAAAAGUUUUUCAUCCGUCUUUUUGAACUGUUUAUUUUUUCUGAGUAAAAUAAGAGUAUACUUCGGAUUAAAUAAGUUUACCAGUCCCAAUUUUGCUACCAGAACUGUUGACUGUUCAUGGUAAAAAUGUAAUCUGAACAAAACACUUGUAUAUGACAGGCAUCAAAUAGCUAUCUUAGGAGUAGUAUAGUUAUUGGAACUAUACCUACUAGUCACGCGACUAAAAUGCAUCCUCAUUAGCCUAUUUCAUAAAUAAAGAGGUAAAAUGUCAAAUAAUUAGGAUUGUUUGUUUAAUUUUGUCACAACUAAAUAAACUGUGGAACAUC